AUGAAAGAUGCAUUUAAAUGUUUAGCUGAACAUAUACAACCUUGUGAAGCAUGUCCUGCGAAAAUCACAAAUAAUGUGAAUGAAACCUGUAACAAACCCAAAAUGUGUUCAGACCCAAUAAACAUGGCCAACUAUUCUUCACAGCAUGCUAAGAGAAAGUUCCUUCAGAUGCCACUUGCUGCUAUUAAUGUGAAAAGUGGAAGCAAAAAAUCAGAAACUUUCCUUGUUGACAAGCAUGCAAACCUAACUUUGCUGCGCAGUGUUUUACAGAAGUUGCUUGAAAAACGCCAAGACAACAAUUUAUUAAACAUGGAGACUUUCAAGGCACUUAUUGAAAGUUGUAGCUCUGAUGCAGAACACGAGAAGUUGCGUUUUACGGUUGCAGAGACAACUGGAUUAUCACAAAGACAACUUACAAAUCAGUUUGGAAUUUCUAAUUGCAUUAACAGGAAGGCCAGAAUUGAGCAUGCUCUGGCACGAGCUUUGGAGAUUCGGAAGAAUGUAGAAAAACUACAAGCAGUGUUAAUGUCUCUUGGAUUUGAUGCGACUGAAAUUGACUCUGAUGAUUCCUCGUCCGAAAGUGAAUCGGAUCCAGAUGUUGAAUUUGAAAAUGAUUUAAUACUACAACAAUCUCUAACGAAGAGAGUUCCAACACAUCAGUAUUGUGAAAACGAAGAGGAAUUAGACACAGCGACAGCGUUAUUCCAAAAGUGUAAAACUCAGAAAUUACUGUCCUGCUUGAAAGAUAAUCAUUUCAACUGGAUUUCAUUUGUAGAUACAUUGAAAACUGAGGAACCUUCCAUAACGCCACAGGACUUGGCUGUCUUUGCAUCACAAUUACCAGAUGUGAUUCCUUCUAAUGAGCUAGAACUGUUCAAACAGAGUUACCAGGUUUUUCUGGAUAAACAAGAAGAAGACGCACAUGAAAACAAUAAUGUGAAUGAUGAUGAAAUCGUAUCCGAGUCAGAAGAUGAUAACCCGGAAGAAUGGGUUGGAAUUGAAGAUCUGCUUCAAGGGCCUGGAAAGUCUUUGCUGCAACGGAAGAUACAAGCAGUUAGACGAAAACGUCGGCGGGAAGCUGCGAAGAAGAUUGCUAAAGAACGAUUGCUCUCAAGGAAACGAAGCAAACAUGUUGGAACCAUUCUUCGAAAGUACCCGGAUAUUGGUAAGGAAAUCGAAGCAUUUGUCAAAUCAUGCGGUGUGGGUGCUGAAGCUUGGCGUCGUACAGGUGUAUUGACAUUCGACGGCAACAAAAAGGUGCAAAAGAAGUGCACAUUCUUUCGCAUCAAACAGCAUUUAGAAAAGACGUACGGGAGGAAGUUUGCAUAUGGGACGGUGGUACAAAUGUGUGUAGCCCGUAACCGUCGUCGCCGAUCUGCCCAAAACUACACAGCUGUUGCACAGGUCACGACAAGAAGAGCCAGAAAGGGGUUUGAACUCCGUUACAAUCCUGAUAGUCAUUGGUCUGCAGCGUUGUAUCGAGGCCUCGAUGCUAUUCAAUACACAGAUGGAAAUGACAAGUUGGUUUUAAACAGGGAUGAUCUCUUUGUUUUUCGCUUGGAUUCUAUGGUCACGCAUAACAAAGCAGGUACACAACAGAUAAAGGGCACGCCAACAUUGACUACAAAAACGGACUAUCAAGCAAGUUAUCCCAACAAGCUACAAAAGACAUCUUACAAUUUCACCAGUACUAACACCACUGGAGAACUUUGUGGUGGAGUUGUCAAAGCCGUUCCCCUGCAUGGCAAGAAUCCAGCUCAGCACAUGGCUGACCUUGAAAUGCUUGAGAAAGAACAACAUUUCCAGCCAGCAUUUAUUUCACUUGAAGGAAAGGAGAAAAGAAUUGAAUGUAUACGAACAGACAGUGGUUCUGACGAAGCACCUUGCUACGAUGAAGUGCAGUUUUGGUGGACAAGGCGACACAUGGAAAAGCCAACUGUUGUGCAACUUGUUACAAGCAGGCAGAGCGGCGGAAGUAACCUCAAUCGUGUAGAAUUACAGAAUGGUUGCGAGGUUAAAGCGAGGUGUGGUUUGUUUAUCCCAUCUACGUUGAAUGGUUCUAACUUAAAUGAGAAUGGAAAGAUUGACAAUAAUAGACUUUGCAAAAACUUAUCAGACGCUAUUGAAGUUUAUAUUUCAAGAGUUCAUGGUGCAUCAUGUGGCGACGCACAGAUUUUUCAUUAUAAAGGAGCUGAUAGUUCAAAGUAUCAAAGUCUAAGAGAUAAGUUAUUAGUAUUUAUACGUGGCAAUAAGGCAGAAAAGUCAGAACUUAAAAGAAAUUACCCAGAUGAUUACGAAUACAUUUCAGCUGUGUUUGAAGUGCGAAGCAAUCAUUUAAAUAAGAAUGUACCACUCAGGUAUGUGUUUCACUUAGUAUGCUGUUAUGACAAGAAAUGCCCACACCCAAUUUGUAGAGGUGAGGACCCACCUUUGAGUACUCUAUGCUGGUAUAAAGGUGGUCCACCGAUAACAUAUAUCCCAUUACCAGCUCCUGAUCCACAGCGACCAUAUGGAUCCCAGUCAUGCUCUAACUGCAAAAAUGAGUGUGCUGGUCAUUUUCUUCCACCAAAAGACCUAAUUGAUGCCUAUAUUAAAGGCGAAGUGGUCGCGCAGCAUAAAGAACACCCUACCGAGGUUCUAAAAGCUCAUUUUCAACAAUACGGAACUGUGGACGAUUCGACUGUACAAGAACUGUCUAGGAAAUGUUUACUGCCUGGUUCUGGGGUAAGUAGAAAGUACUUUUAUCUGGAAAUCGUAUUUAUUGUUUGUUGUGAAUGUUGAUUGUGUGACUCCUAACACUUUUAGGUAAGGAUAUGGCUUGAUCACCUUCAGGAGGUUAAAGACCACAGAGCUGCUGGUGCAAAAAAAGCAGCAGAAACAAGAAAAAGAAAUAAGGAAAAAAGACAAACUACAUCAAACCAAGGACAACUUGCAUGUAGUAGUGAAACAAAGGUAAUUUCUUAGGUUUUAAAUGAAGAUCAAAUUUGUUUAGACGUUCAUAUUUCUCUAUGCAUGUAGUAAUAACAGAUAUAUAAUAUUAUUCUUUUUUUUGUCUUAAUUAGGCUACCGAUGAUAUCUGCCUAGAAUGCUUGCAGCCCGAGCCUCCUGGUUGUGCAUCCGCCAUAGUAGAUUGGAUAGGUUGUGACAGAUGCCAAGGGUGGUUUCACAAGGAGUGUGUUGAAGUGGAUGGUGAUCCAAUUCAGUGGAUGUGCUAUACUUGUUUAAAUUAG